GACAACUGAAAUCAAAUGAUAUCAGGUUUGUUCUAGCAAACAGUCAAACUAGUCAGAAACCGUCAGCAAACAGUUGGUCAGUGAGAGAACAUAAUAGAGAGUCACCAGUGCUAUCCCCUCUACUCGCACUGGUCGACUAUUCGCUGAUGGUUUGAAACCGUUUGAAACUGAUGCUAAAACAAACCUAAUGUUAACCCCUAUAACUAGCAUGCUGUCAGUUAACACCUUAAGUCCUACGUGUCACAGAUGCUGUUCAGCUGUGAUCUUGCCGAACCGUGUGAGAUUACAGGUGUGUCUCUGACGGGAUGUAAAGUAAUGCAAUAUUCGCAACUAAUCCUCAACACUUUGAUUUAGUAAAAUAAGAACCGACAAGCCACAACAUCUGCACUCCAGACCAGUAAACCAAAAUGGAUACAGUUGAUUUCUGCAGAAAGUUCACUGAAUUGCAAGGUGAUUUAAUAAGUGAAAGAAGAGAAUAUUUAUUCAGACUGAUUAGAACACCCUCACUGUUUACAAGUGAAGCUCAAUUAAAAAGUGCCUUACAAAAUCUUAAACCUGCUACCUAUCAACAACAUCUAUUCUAUAUAGACACAUUGAUAUAUUUCAGAAGGAUUGAUGAGCUUUUGGAAAUAUUCUUACAAGGGAACGUGAUUUAUACAAACAGGAUUUUUAAGCAAUCAUGGUUUCUUGAGUUGAUUUUAAAAGAUAAAGAAGUUCAUUGUUUUGUUAAUGAGUUUUUGCCCCUUGUACCUUACUCUAUCAAAUGUAGAUUGAUUGUCACAGCUUCAAAAUUAUGGAACCAAGAAAAGAAUGAUGCUUUAUUUGAUGCUGUUUAUAUCAGAUAUGGUCUUACUUUGGCUGUACCCAUAUUACACCAUUGUUCCUUACCAAAAGUAGAAUUUCAAAUUAAAGAAAAUGAUUUGAGGUUACGUUCCAAGCAAAUACUUCAGUUGUAUGAAAGAGAUGAAAAUUUCUUGCAGUUGUAUUUGAAUCAUCACAAACGACUUAGAAACAACGCAUACAAUGAGAAGAGAGUUGUAAGAUGUUUAUUGAGGAAAAAUCCUACAUUAUUCCUAAAAAUUAUAAAAGAAGAUAUAAUUAAAACACCCUAUUUAGGAAAAAGCUGUUCAAAACGUUUGUUAAAAUCUGUUAGGGAAGAUUUGUUUUUAAACGUAAAGUUUUAUUUAACUUUUGUGAAAAAAUCAGUUGUAAUGUGGAGAUUGAGAGCCGAUUUGAAAUUUGAAAAAUUAUAUGAGCAAACUUUUGCAACAUCUUUUACCGAAAUUAGUAAUAACCCCAGUAAUUCAUUGUUAAAGUACUACCCCAAGUCUCGUCACUGGAAUCUAUUCCUACAAACCUGUAAUGAAAAGUUUCCCGAUAAAAACCUAGAAGAUAUUCUACUUGCCUUAGAUAAUGUAGAGCAGUUACACCCUCCGAGAGACCUUGUAUGGAAAUGGGCAGAGCUAAAUUAUGAGAAGCAUAUGGGAUAUAAAUGGGCAUACCAGAAGUUUCUAGGGUACUUUGAACCUUCAAAGGCGAUUGUUCUUAUAAAGGAGAAGAUUAAUUUAACAUCUGAAAUCUCUGAAAGAUGUCUGCUAGUUGAUCUUAUGUUGAAGUCUUGCCAAAGAAGUAAUAAUUUGACUGUACUAGAAGAAGUGCUGAAGUAUAUAUGUUUUAGGCACAGGAAUGAAGAUUUUGAAUUCAGAAACACAAUAUUGCAUAAAAUACGGCUUUAUUUUGAUCCCCAGCAGUUUAACGGAAACCAUUGGAAGUGUAUUGACGAGAUCAUCCAAAUUAUGAGAAUCCAAAAAGAAUAUAGUUACGCUGAUCAUCCAGACUUACAAGAGGAAUACAUAGAAUUUUUAUUUCUAAGCGGAAAAGACUACAAAAAGGAUCUUAUGGAUUAUAUAUACGACAAUCAGUCUCAUUAUAUACAUCUAACACUGAAGAAUAUUUCGGUCCAGAAGCGUAUCUACACUGCAGUAUUAAACAUUUUACCUGAAGUUACUUGCGAGGAUCCAUUUGUUUACAAAAAGAUGAAAUUUAACUAUUUAAAUAUGGUGAAAAACUUCAGCAUGAGGCAUCCAGAACACUGUAUAAACAUAUCCGAUUUUCCUGUAUAUAUGGAUACGAUUGAAAGUGUUGUGUCCAAAGUCAAUAAUUUUGAUAUCUACGAUAGAUCUUUGCUAUUAUUGACAAUACAAUACAACUACAAAUUUCCAGACAACACAGUUUGGCUUAAUGUUGAUAUUGUCGAAUUAAUAAUGAAAAUGAUAAGUGAUGCAGCACAUAUGUGUGGAUUUGAUGUAUUAUUUGAAGAGUUUCUUUGUAAGAAGCAUCGAACACAGUUUGAACACGAUCUAUUAGAGCUUUAUUUUAGCUGUUUAAUAAAUAAUUACAUGAAUGGAUAUGUUGUUAAUUGGUUCAUAAUGAAUGAACCGAAAUUUCUUGUACCUUACUUUAGAAAAAUAGCAUAUAAAAGUAUUUCUACAGUGUUUCUUAAACACUUAGACGUUAUCAAGCAUUAUUCGCACUUAGGAUUUGAUGAAAUACUAUGUCGUAUUUAUAAAGAACAGUUAGAUAAUGAUGAUGUAGUAAAUCAUAAACGAUUACUUGAAAAUUUACAACUAUUACUUCCUACGAGUGAUUUCCUAGAACUUGUUAAGGAAAAAUAUAUACCGCAACAAGAUAAGUUCACAGAAACAGAACAGAAGAUUGUCCUCUAUAUAAACUAUCUGCGCUGUGAUGCUGCUAGAUUACUGGUUAGCGUAACUGAACCUGAUAAAGCUAUACCAAUUGCCUUACAGUUUUGUAGAGGAGACUACCUCCGUUCAGGUAUUAGAUCAUUAUAUUCAAGCUUCUAUAAAACUGCCGAACAAACAUUGUAUCCUUAUAUAGAAGCUGUGUCACGUUUAUCUGUUCCUAUUAGAAAACAUGCGAUUUUUUUGAGCUGCGCAUUGAUGAACAAAGAAUGCGUCUUAAACGUGCUCGAAGUAGCUAAAGAAACUGAUAUUUCAGUUCAAAAAAACCAUUUUUCGGCAUCUUUGAAAUUUUUCUUGAAACAUCCAUCCCAAAAGUAUUUAGAUGAAAUCCUAAAAGAAAUUGGUGGAGCGAAUGGAUUAGAUAGAAAGUUGGUGUACACUCUGGUGAAAGUGAAAAUGCCUUUAAAGUACAGAACAGUAUAUUUAGAAAAUAGCUGGAAAUUUGUUGAAGGAUUAAGAGAAGCAUGGACGUUAAAUAUUACGAAGUAUCUAGGUAAAAUACUGCGCCAAGUACAUACGGAUAUGUUGAGGUCAUUUUCAGAUAGUUUCAUAGUGCAUGUAGUCAAAAGUUAUUUCACAAUCACCGAACAAAAUAGACCGGAUAAUUUUGAUACAUUUUUAGUACAACUCUUAAAGCAUAGACCUGAAAAUAGGACUCUUAUAUUAGAUGUAAUAUUUUCAAACCAAUCGAAUAUACCAAAUCUAUCACAAAUACAUUUCUUUAAGAUAUUGUGCAAAUAUAUACGUAAGAAAGACAUUGACACACAACUUAUAAAUUCAGUUCGGCAAUAUUGGAAUAAUUUUAGUGUGCUGGGCAGUUUUGAUCAACAUGUUCCUCUCAAACUAAUUGCAUUGCAAAUUGACAGUUCCACUACGGCUGAAUUUGCAAUUGGUGUAAUAGACUACUUAGAACAGUUAAUGUCUGAAUUUGGGCCUUCGAUUUAUUGGAUUUUUGAGCAGCAUAUUCAUUUUAUUUGUAUUAACAUGAAUGAUGAGGAAAUAUUAUCAUUUUGUUCAGAGGCUAUACAUUAUAAAAUCAGUGCAACUGUCUGUAUACUGAUUAUGAAUCUUAUUAAAAAUAUUAAAACAGAAAAGAAGAAACUAAUAAUGACAGAGUUGAAAAACAUUGAAAUACCUAUUGUUCAGAUUUAUCUCAAUCAACCAUUAACCCAUUAACGCCCAAGUUUUUUUUAUUUAAAAAUCUUUACUUUUCGGGUUAAUUUGAUGAAAAUGUUAAUAGUUUAAUCCAAAAAAACAAGUUUUUCGGUUUCCUGUCUUUUUUUAAAAAAAUUAUAUGGUGUUACCAUAUGGUAACGCUGGGCGCUUAAGGAAUUUUUAGGAUCGUUGAAACCAAAAUUUUGAAUUUUUUUUUUAAAUAUUUAUUUGAGAACAUUUUCGUCGUCUGGUGUGGUAUCCUAUAAAACAAUUAACAUACAAACCAACGUUGCAUUUUUUACACAUUGUUCGUCCAGAUGUUGUACAUCUGUCUCUAGCACAUCUCCUUCUACUGCUUGAUGUAACAAAUGGUCGAGGCGAUCAAAACGAAGAUCUGGCAAGUUCUGUCUAUGUAGACUAGGUCUUCCUGUAUAUAAGGGACGACUUCCAUAUCUUGCAAGAAGAACUUGGACCAAUUCUCUCCUAAACAAUAGCAAGGAUAUAUUUUUUUUAUUUUUUUUAUAUAAAUGCCAUGAAUUACGGACUGCAACAUCCAACAACCAUGUUACAAUUUGUCAGUAUCAUUUUUACUGCAAAUUGCUACUCGGUAGGUUGAAACACCUUGAUCCAUCCAGUCGGUACCCACCAUAUUUGGUUGCAUUCAGCAAUAUAGUGAGACCGACUUACUUGAAUGUGGCCCUUGAACGGACGUCCAUCUUUUUCUAUAAAUUUAAACCACACUGUCAUAUGAUUAUCUCUCGACGGUUGAGAAAAGGCUAAAAUACGAAUCUGUUACGUUUUAUGGGUGCCUGAAGUAUUCCUAGAAACGAUGGUUCUGAAAAUAUAUGGCUGACUAAUUCCAUGGGCUAUAAAAUAUAUGUUACGUAUGGGAUGUCCACGAGAUACUUUACGUGAAGAUCCCUAGGUUCAUUAAUAUAAAAAUACUCAAGUGCCGCUUAAAACCAAGUUUUUAUUACUUUUUCGGUGAACUUUACAAGAUGGACUUGACUUUACAAAAUGAUUGACGUUACUUAUAUUAACACACUUUUUUCAAUUUUUUGGAAAUAUUGAUAUAAGGCAUUCAUAUAUAUUUAUUAAGAAUUUUUAAAAAUCAUGUGUUUUACGUUACCAUAUGAAGAGCUCAAGAAUAAAAGGAUGAGGGUUCAAAAAGACAAGUUUUGAGAUAUUAAGUUUUUAAGUUUUAAAACUAGAUAUAAAAAUAAUUAACAGAAAAGGCACUUGAUUUUGGUUACUAAAUCAUUCAAUAACUUACAGGGAAGGUAUAGGUUAUGUUUUUGUGUUAUCAAUUUACAAAUUACUAUAAAUAUAUUAUCUUUUUAUGUCAUGAAAUCUCAAGCUAAAUGGAUGAGGGUCCAUUAACGUGUCUUAAAAUGAAACUAAAAAUACAGAUAAAGUAGUCUAUAUUACAAAUAGUUUAUAUUGCAAGUAGUUACAGAUAAUAUACAAUGAAAAAUAAACGCUUUAAGCAUGUGGCAGUGCGUCAAAAUAUGCUUGAGACUUAACAGAGCAAAAUUUUUUCAAAUGUUGGAUAUCGUCGAAUUUUGCUUUAUUUAAAGGUAAAAGUCCACAAUAUGCUAGCUCUGGUAGGUGAAAACAGCCUUCAGGUAGUGAAAUUUGUUUCCUCUAAGGCUUAGUAACAAUAUUUUCUUCAUUUAGGCCAUUAACAGUUUGACGAUGUAACAUCAUUCGAGGGUGAUGAGAAACGAUGCUUAGUUGCCGUACAGGUCGUGUUUUGAAAUGACAACUUUUUGUAUACAAAGGAGAAAGAAACUUAGUCCAUGACUUAAAUAUUUCCUGGUUCUCGCAAGAAAUAACUCUAAAUGGUGUUGGUUUGGAUCUGGAGUGUUCAAUAAUUUCGUUCCACUCCGAAGGGGUUUUAACCACAGAUUUUUGAUUGAUUAAGCCCAUGUUCCUGUCACACUCGAGGUACGAGUGGCCUCUGAUUGGAAAAAACAUUGUUAUUUUAUCAAGUCUCUUAGUGUAGUGUACAAUGUAGUGAAGCAUACGGAAAACGGCGUAAUUUUUAUCCUGACCUGCGCAUGAAUCGCAGAAAAUUUUAAGCACUUUUACUUGCAAGUCAAGGUGAUUAAAAAUAAAAUCCCAAAGCAAGGAACAAACCUCAUCACCUCCUUUCUUGCCAUAGAUUUCUGCAUAGGUAUAAAAAAAAGAUUCUGAGUCUGAAAGUUUAUGUAUGUUGAACAUGUAAACUGAUAGUUGCCUACGAUAAUACACAUCGUUAGUACUAAUAUUUGGGACAGGCAAAUUCUUUUGGAAAUCCAUUGCAAUCGCUUCUUUUGUUUUGUCUUUUUGUGCUUCAAGCCUAGCACUUCAAAAAUGUAAUAACAUCAAUCUACACCAAAAUAACAGAAAACUAUAAACACAGAUAUGUACGUUUACAAACCUCUGGGCAACAAACAACUCUAAUAGCAGAGAUCUCUGUGGUCAGAAGUCUGAAGUAGGUGGACUGUCAUCCUUUUAGCCUGCGUUUGUAGCACCUUCAUUCUUUUAGCCUAGAAGACCUAUUUUUCAAAGCUGAAUGGCUAGUACACCGUCAUCUUUAUUGCUUAGUUAGAUACCAUACAAUAUUUUACAUGGGAUAAAGUACAAAAAAUUCGUAUUAUCUCCAUAAUGACGUAUAAUGGACCCUCAUCCUUUUAGCUUUGAGCCCUUCAUAUGGUAACGCUGGGCGCUAAUGGGUUAAAUCAUGUGUCACUGCCCCAGACCUAUUGGUAGAUAGCGGCGAUUUUUGCAGUUACUCGAGCGCGUUAGAAAAUCACAUGGGGAGAAACGUUAUUAUAUUGAAUCCUGUGUAAAUGUACCCCUACCAUAUAUUGAAUCUUAAUACAGGGGAGUUCGUUGAUGGGGGUCCGAAAAAAAUCUAUCCUUAGAAAAAUUCGAAGUCGUUAGAUUACAUGCAGAACAGUGUAUAUUUUAAAAAUCUGAAAUGGGUGAGUCACAAAGUUUCACAAGAAAAAAACGACUAUUUUGAGAAAUAAACUUCAGAUCGAAAACCUAAAAAAUACGUGCUCAAUAUUUUUCAAAAAUCUAUUGAAUGAUACCAAACACGACCCCCACGGAAGCGGGGUGGGGGUUACUUUAAAAUAUUAAAUAGGAGACCCAUUUUUUAUUGCAGAUUUGGAUUCUUUACGCCAAAAUAUGUAACUUUUAUUCGAGACACUUGACACUUUUUUGAAUCAUGGGUAGAUGGCGCUAUAAUCGGAAAAAAACGAUUGUUGGAAAUGGAAAAUUAAAUUAAAAAAAUGGAAAGUCCCCACUUAAAUGGAAAACUGUACUUAACUUUUUUUGGUUUUAGGACCUAAUCUUCACAACCCAAUAGGUCUUCAUAACGCUCGAGUAACUGCAAAUUUAGCAUAUUUUCCACCCCUACUAUAUCUUAUAUAUAAAAAUCAACUGCUGUUCGUUAGUCUCGCUAAAACUCGAGAAUGGUUGGAGCGAUUUGGCUAAUUUUGAUGUUGAAUUAUUUGUGGAAGUUCAGGGAAGGUUUAUACUGUAUUAUAUCGUCAUUUUAGUAGUCACCAAAAAUUUUACAUCUAUAUGUAUAAAAUGCUCUUUUUUACAAUGUUUGUUGCCAUACUCUUCCGAAACGACUGGCCGAUUUUUAUGAAAUUUGGCAGAUAUAUUCGACCGGACUGGGAGUAGGUUGUUAUCUAUAUUUCAUAUCCGUGGGUCAUAAGGGGGGUUGUCCCCUGAUAUCUUUUUCUAUUUUUUCGGACAAACUUGUCCGAAACAAGUUUUUGUGACAAACUAAAGAUGGAGUGCAAUUUGUUGCGAUUAUUUCAUGAAUAAAACUGAUCAAAACCAAAAUUUUAUUGUAAUUUAUUUAUGUAAGUACAAUUAAACACACAGUUGUUAUAAAUAUUUGACGGUUGAAAGUCAUCACUUUUAUAAUUUUUAAAACAUUAAUUGUCAUUAAUGUCACUGAAUGUAUUUUUUCGUAGCAACGAAGGGCAUCUGACGUAAUAUACUUGACGACGGGAUAUUAUCAAAAAUUAUCAGUUUAAUUUUUAUUUCUGUAGCUUUCUAUUGGUCAGAAUCUCCUAUGAAUGAAAUAAUCCACGUAUAUUCGACCGGACUGAGAAUAGGUUAUUUAUUUUUCAUAUCCUUACGUCAUAACGGGAGCUGCCCCCCUAAUAUAUUUUUUUAUUUUUUUGGUCAAACUGUUUUUUCUUAAUUUUGUGUGAUGUGGAAGGGAAAGGUAAAUACAACCCUAAAUUUUCACUCUUCUAUCUUCAACCGUUAUUUUUUAAUAGCCAUCUAAAUUUUGACAUCUUAUAUAUAAAAAUCAAUUGCUGUUCGUUAGUCUCGCUAAAAGUCGAGAAUGGCUGAACCGAUUUGGCUAAUUUUGAUGUUGAAUUAUUUAUGGAAGUUCAGGAAAGGUUUAUACGGUUUUAUAUCGUCAUUUUAGUAGCCACCAAAAAUUUUACAUCUAUAUGUAUAAAAUGUUCUUUUUACAAUGUUUGUUGCUAUACUCCUCCGAAACGAUUUUUAUGAAAUUUGGCAGAUAUAUUCGACCGGUCUGGGAGUAGACCGGGAACCGAAAUUUUCUGACGAACGGCAAGUAGGAGAAAAGUUCUGAGCACACGAAAAGAACAAGCAGCAAAUGAUAAAAUUUUAUUUCAUUUUAUUAAAUAUUAAAUAUUUUUGUUAGAUUCUAUUUACUUACUUUUAUUUAAUUUAAUUAUUUUUUUGAUUUAUUUAUUAUUUUUAGUUUAUUCAGUUUUAUUUACUUUUAUUAAAUUUUAUGAAAUUUUAUUUUAUUUAAUGAUAUUUAAGUUUAAUUUGGUAAGAGCGCCUACGAAUGGUGGUGAGUUCGAAUCUCACCAGGGUCAGGAAUUUUUCGUUUAUUAUAAAUUAAUGGAUGGAAAUAGUUUCUGUCCUUGUGAGAUCGGUACUCACCGGAGUGACCGCAGACGUUCGGAUACAAUUAGCGUCUCUUUGAAAAGACAAUGAUGUCGACUUUGCAAAGUAACAAGACACUUACUCUACACACACACCCUACACAUGACACUAAGUACCUAACAGCAAAUAUUCACCGUACAUACCAUGCCAAUGGCCAUUAGUUGUCGAGGCAUUAGCUAAAUAAAAAAAAUUAGAAUUUAAAUUUGUUUAUUGUUCAUAUAAAUAUCUGUAAUACAAAAUUUUAUCCAUCCACAUAAAAUAAUAAUAAAAUUAUUUGUACAUUUUGUUAUGUUUCUUUUAUAUUUGUAUUUUUUAAUAAAACAUUUUAUUACCGCUAA